CCUGGGCCGAACGCCAGGUCCUGCAUGCAAGAUGGCUUCACAUCGCACCGAGUUCCCGGAACAUCCCUACUCGCCUUAUCCUAUUCAACAAGCCUUUAUGGAGGCGCUAUAUAAAACCUUGGAUAACGGAUCUAUCGGCCUCUUUGAAAGCCCGACAGGGACUGGGAAAACUAUCAGUCUUAUCUGCGGGGCGCUGCACUGGCUAGAGGACUUCCGGCAGCGGGAAAAGGAAGCGCAAGCAGCCGCGGCCGCAGCGGCUGGGGACGAUGAUGACCCAGAUUGGUUACGGGAGGUCCACCGCAGCACUGCAGUCGCUCCUCCGCCGGAGCCGCACCCCUGGCUGCGACGACGCAGCAAGUCGAACAGCGGCCCUCGUGUCGUACAAGCACAAACUCUCGG